UAGCAAUACAAGAGGCGGGGGUGGGGGGCGCGCGCGCCCAUCGACCCGGCCUGGCCCGGCCCAGCGCGCGUGCGCGGGCAGGCGGUUGUCGGGCGCCCGCGGCCCCUCCUGCCUCACCUGCCGCCAGGUGAGCGGCCCGGCGCCGCCCCGCCCCGCCCCGCCCCGCCCCGCCGCAGCCCAGUGCGGCGGCGGCGGCCCGGGAGCGGUGGGCUGCGGCGGCGGGAGCAGAAUGAAUAACCCUAUACCUUCCAACUUGAAGUCAGAAGCUAAAAAGGCAGCUAAAAUAUUAAGAGAAUUUACAGAAAUAACUUCCAGGAAUGGACCUGAUAAAAUCAUACCGCCCCAUGUAAUAGCUAAAGCGAAAGGCCUUGCAGUUUUGUCUGUUAUCAAAGCUGGAUUUUUGGUGACUGCUCGAGGAGGAAGUGGGAUUGUAUUAGCCCGUCUUCCGAAUGGAACCUGGUCUGCCCCUUCUGCAAUAGGAAUUGCUGGCCUUGGUGGUGGAUUUGAAAUCGGAAUUGAGAUUUCAGACUUAGUAAUAAUAUUGAAUCAUGAGAGAGCAGUAGAAGCUUUUGCCAAAGGAGGCAAUCUUACACUUGGAGGAAAUCUUACUGUGGCAAUUGGACCUCUGGGGAGAAACUUAGAAGGGGAUGUUGCCCUGAGAAGCUCUGCUGCUGUCUAUACGUACUGCAAAUCUCGAGGACUGUUUGCAGGUGUAUCUCUGGAAGGAACUUGUUUAAUUGAAAGGAAAGAAACUAAUCGCAAGUUUUAUGGGCAGGAUAUUCGUGCUAGUGCAAUCUUAUUUGGUGAUGUGCCUUUUCCUGCUCAAGCAGAAGAUCUUUCUGAAACUCUAGCAUCCUUCACUGAAGUGUAUGAAAACGAAGAGCAAAAAAAAAAUCCAGGAAAAGCUGUAAGGAAACAAAAAAGGGUAAAUGACCCACCUGCUAGACCAUCAUCAAGACCAGAGCCACAUAAGCCCUCUGUUAGGCCAAACCCACCAGCUAAAAAGAAUUCAAACAAACUUUAUCCUGAACUUCCAAAUAAUUAUGGCUCUGUGGGUAAUUCUUGGAGCAGUCCAGUAGAAGUGACAGCACUUUAUUCAUUUGAAGGACAACAGCCAGGUGACUUAUCUUUCAAAGCUGGAGACAAAAUCACAGUCACAACCAAAACAAAUUCACACUUUGAUUGGUGGGAAGGAACAAUAGGAGGACAAACUGGCCUCUUUCCAGCCAAUUAUGUUGCCAUAAGUAAUAACUAAAUUUGUAUAGAAGAAAGUGUUGAAGCAAUAAUAUAUUUGCACACAAAAAUGUAUUUUGACUUUUCACAUUUAUCAAAACGAGAUUCCUGAUCAAGACUAUUCCAUCACAAAACUGAAGUGCGUUAAAUGCCAUUAACUUUACCUUAAACUUAUUUCUUAAAUAAACAUCAGGUGAUAACUUAUGAUGAAGUUUUAUUUUUGAAUAGGUUGCCCUAAAAAAUUAUUCCAAUUUUGUCUAGUUGCAACUCUCUCUUGCUAUAUGGAUUUGGGGAAAAAAUUACAAACAAUUUAAAACUAGACAUGCUGGGGUAAUAGUGGUUUCUGUUAGGUUAUAAUGUAUGGUCUCUUUCUAUAAUAAACUGAAAUUGGCAACAAACCA